AUGGACCCUGUUGCCACGCACAGCUGCCAUCUCCUUCAGCAGUUGCAGGAGCAGCGGAUCCAGGGCCUGCUGUGUGACUGCAUGCUGGUGGUCAGAGGGGUGUGCUUCAAGGCCCACAAGAACGUGCUGGCCGCCUUCAGCCAGUACUUCAGGUGCCUCUUUCAGAACUCUUCAGGCCAGAAGAAUGAUGUUUUUCACUUGGAUAUUAAAAACGUCAGCGGCAUAGGGCAGAUCCUGGACUUCAUGUACACCUCGCGUCUCGAUCUCACCCAGGACAACGUACAAGUCAUGGCGGACGUCGCGCAGUGUCUACAGGUUCACAAUGUUCUGCAUCUGUGCCAUACCUUCUUACAAUCCGCGGUGGCUGACGAGCCUGCCGCCCUGCCUUGUGGUAGCGCAUUCUCCCUGCAGAAAGCGCCGGCUCCUGAUGAUGCUAACUGUGUCGUCACCGAGAGUUACACUGCUCACCUGUCGCACGAGUGCCCACCAGACGCAGAGCCCAGGAUAGCUCUGGAUGAGCCGCCUCCUCACCAGCCCGCAUCUGGUAAUCUUCAGAAUUCCACAGAUGAAAUACCAGAGGCCCCAGAGUCUUUAGACAGCAGCUGCCCAGAACUGCCUCUGAAGCAGCCAAAUUACUACUACAAACUCCGAAACUUGUACAGUAAGCAGUACUACAAGCAGGCUCCUUGUCCCAGUCAUGAGAAGAUAACUGAGCAGCCCUUCCCCUUCAGCACACCCACGGACCCUAAUGCAGCACGGAGCCCACCCUGUGCCGUCAGUCAUCCCGAAUGCGUCCUCGAAUCUUCCGAACACCUGCCGUCCAACUUCUUGGCCCAGCCUCUGAGCAACUCGGCCCCAGACCCUGAACCUGACAGUGCCUGCCCCCAGCCUCCCAAACCAAUGAGGCUGAAAAAGGCCGUCCACCUUAAGAAGCUCAACUUCCUCAAGUCACAGAAAUCUGCAGAGCAAGCCUCCGCUCCCAAAUCAGACAAGGACGUAGCAGAGAGGCUGGGAUCUGCUAACGAAAACACCACAGAGCAAGCCAGCAGCCAAAGUCCCCAAGAGAAGGAGAGCGAAGAACUGGUCAGUUUGGAGAAUUUUGGCUGCGUGAGUGAAGCAGAAAGGCCCGAAGACCCAGCCACGCUGGAAGACCCAUCACAGACCCUUCAGUCCCAGAGACAGUACACCUGUGAACUGUGUGGGAAGCCCUUUAAACACCCGAGCAAUCUGGAGCUUCACAAACGGUCUCAUACAGGUGAGAAACCUUUUGAAUGUAACAUUUGUGGGAAACGUUUCUCUCAGGCCGGCAACUUGCAGACUCACUUGCGCCGACACUCUGGGGAGAAGCCGUACAUCUGCGAGAUCUGUGGAAAGAGGUUUGCGGCCUCCGGGGACGUGCAGCGUCACAUCAUCAUCCACUCGGUAGAAAAGCCCCACCUGUGUGAUACCUGCGGCCGAGGGUUUAGUAACUUCAGUAAUCUGAAGGAGCACAAGAAGACACACACGGCCGACAAAGUCUUCACCUGCGACGAGUGUGGGAAGUCCUUCAACAUGCAGAGGAAGCUGGUGAAACACCGGAUUUGGCACACAGGGGAGCGGCCAUACAGCUGCUCAGCCUGCGGGAAAUGUUUCGGGGGCUCGGGAGACCUCCGCAGGCACGUGCGCACGCACACGGGGGAGAAGCCGUACACGUGCGAGAUCUGUAACAAAUGCUUCACGCGCUCGGCGGUGCUGCGGCGGCACCGGAAGAUGCAUGGGAAGGCCGACGCUGACCGCCCGGGCACGCCGGAGACCCCCGACCUGGACCCGCCGCAGAGGUCCCACUCACCAACCCCGGAUGCCACGGUCAACGGGGUGCCGGUGGGGGAUACGCUCCCGGCCCACUCCACGGAAGAGCCCGAGACUGAAUUGGAUAGCCGUUGUGCGGGAGCCUGCUGUAAGCUGCGUGCCCACGCCCUUCCGUCCCAGGGCGUCCGUGACCACGAGAAGCUGAGUGGGGACCCUGGCAAACUUGCCAAGCACCCGAUGCAGCCAGCGUACACUUACGCGGAUGUGGAGGCCGAGGCUGAACCUUUGCCGGCCGACAGCAUGUCCAUUAUCCGCUCAUCCCUGGCCGCCCUGGACAGUCACUGCAGUGACGCGCUGGGCGCCCGGGCCCCGUCCACUGCCUACAGGAGCUCCGAGGGGCAGUUUUUCUCCAGCAUGACCCUCUGGGGCCUUGCCAUGAAGACGCUGCAGAAUGAGAGUGAACUGGACCAGUGA